GUUCUCCCACACUCACCUAACCCAAAAUCCCAACGCAGUUUCUUCUUUGUUUCUAGCUUUACUUGGAAUAUGCAUUGCCAGACAGGUCAUGGGGAUCUUACAUGCCAACGUCCACAGGAGCGUUGGGGACCCGCUGGAGAGGAUAGAGAUGGCUUCAAGGAAUGCGGUGGUUAUCUUCAGUAUUAGUACUUGCUGCAUGUGCCAUGCCAUUAAGAGGCUGUUCUGCGGCAUGGGAGUCAACCCGACUGUGUACGAGCUCGAUGAAGAUCCCAGAGGGAAAGACAUGGAGAGGGCUUUGAUGAGGCUUCUCAGAAGCUCUUCUGCUGUUCCUGUUGUGUUCAUUGGUGAACUUGUGGGUGCUAUGGAUAGAGUCAUGGCUUCCCAUAUCAAUGGCACUCUUGUUCCUCUUCUCAAAGAAGCUGGAGCUCUCUGGCUCUGA